ACAAAAAGACAUCUGAGACAUGUGGAUGGGGAGGAAAAUUGAGAGCACUUUGUGAGGCCGCCACCACGCUCCGGUUUCAUAAGGUCUCUGUCUGUCAGGCGAGGCGCGCUGUUUUUACGCAUCGCAUCCAUUCCUAUCCGCGCCGAGCUCUGCUGGGAGAAGACAGAGCGGCGGAGCGGUCUGUUUAUUCACACCAGUUCAGAACUCUUUUUUUUUUUUUGGUUAAUUUAUUCAUGUGUUUAAUUAUAGAUGCGUGUCUUUCUACGCGCGUUCUUGGAGAUGCGGGACAAGGGCUGCGUAAAAGGCGCGACAUGGGCAGAUCUCGGAGAAUAUUUUUUUGCGACCUUUUCAACUUCCCAGCUCAGAUCGCCACCUGAUGCGUAAACAGGAGAAACGGCGGACUUCAGAGUGAUCCUGGCACAGCGGCACUCCGUACUCGGACACCUAGAAACCGAUCCGAACUCUUUCCCAGACAAACACGCGGGGGCCAUUAUUAGAGCCGUGUUGUUAUUUACUCAUUAAGCUCUGUUAGAGGCAAGACCGAACAGGUUGCUGGAGGUAAAGAAAGAGGGAGCCUCGCCUGAAAAACUGGCUCCAAUUCAUCAAGCGAUGGUGAGACGUGAGUCACCGGAGCGGCACAAGUAGAUUGGGGGUAAACAUUUUUUUCCUCUUCUGGCUGUUUGUCUGUCUGUCCUCCUACCUCCAUGUCCAACUCGCGCUCUGCUGGAUUGUUUACGCCGCCGCAAACAAACUCUGGAAAACUGAAGUUUAUUGGAUAUAAACUUGGAUAAUCGUCCAAAAUUCCCAUCUCUGAGAUUCUAUUUCCUCUUGAAAUGCAACUAGUGUUUGAAAUCCUUUACAUUAAAAAAAGAGGGAAAGAAACAGUGAAAGUUUCAGUAAUGAUGUACAAUUGGUUUCUCUGGCUCUGUGUUCACUAUCUACUCUCCCUUUCUCUCUCUCUCUCUGGGUGCUGAAACUCAACAGGCCAAAGAGGGAAAACCGCAUUCUGGCCGCGCGCACCAAGGCGCAAGGAGGAGGCGCCUCUUCGGCUUUCUCGAUGGAUUCUUCCAGCCCGCUUCUGCCUCAGAUGAGAAACGCUCUGCCGUGGACAGUAGCGAGCCGUGACGCCACGCUGUGAAAACAUGACGCACCGCAGCGCGCGGAGAGCCGCAGCAGGCGCGAGCGGCUCUGUUCCUGCGCACCGGGAGCGGAUUUCCCACGGGACAGCAGGUGGGACCAGAUGGAGGGUUUGGAGGAAGGAUAGACACAUUUCUUCUGUCAUGUCAGCAAAGGCCAAGGUCCUGCUGUGGGUGCUCAUCUCCUUGCUGCCGCUGGUGGAAGGGGCUCACAUGAGAGCCGCUGCUGCUGGUGGUGGACCGGGGUCAGACCUGAACCAUGCUGCAGGCCUUCUGGAGGCUCAGGAGGGGAGAGACUUUCCUGUCACGCUGCCAGAGGUGGUGGAGGACAAGGAGCAGGAGGAGGACAGCGAGCCGUACCCCACAUGGCACGCUCUAUAUGAGCCCUUUGUGAUGGAUGAGCUGGAUGACCAUCCCAGCGUCCGCUGGGCAGGGCGCUCCCCACGCUCCUCUGACCCCACAGCACCUCAACCCAAGGGGUCGCAAAAGAAGAAGAGACGAAAGAAGAAAGGAGAGGACGAAGGAGAGGAGGCGGGAAACGCGGACAGAAGGGGGAAAGGUAAAAGCCGCCCCCCAAAACAGAGCAGCAGGGACUGCCGGGUGGAGAAGAAAGAGAUGAAGGUUCGGGACCUCGGACUGGGCUUUGAUUCGGACGAGAUCGUCCUCUUUAAGUUUUGUGUGGGCUCCUGCCAGAGCUCCAGGAUAAACUACGAUCUGGCGCUGAACGCGCUGCUGGAAAACGGCUCGCUUCCGCGCCGCGUCGCCCGGAAGGUGAGCAGGAACCCCUGCUGCCGGCCAGACCGCUACGAGCCGGUUUCCUUCAUGGACACCUCCACCACCUGGAGGACCAUAGAGUCGCUUUCAGCUGCCAGCUGCAUGUGCAUCGGCUGAACGGACGCUCAGUGCUGUGUGCAAAAAUAAAAAAAAGACCAGAGAGAGGCGCUGUCGCACAUAGGAAGUUACAGAGCCCGUGUGUUGGGUGCAGCUGGACGAAAAAGGGCUAAAAUCAGAGACUAAUGUGGAACAGCAGCAGGGAAUGAACAGACUGUUUUCACAUCCAUGUCGGACACAGGAUUCAGGAACCUGCGGGCCCCGGAACUCCUCCGGAAAAAACCCCAAACAAAAACUCCUAUCUAAACGUGUUUUGACUUUUUGUUGGAAGAGACCUGAGAUAAAAGAACAAAAAAGCCUAGUUAAAGGACUGACACUGUGUUUAUACUGUAACUUUAACUAAACGCUUACUGCAAACAGUGAAACCAGCACUUCCCAAAAAACCCCAACAGUCUUUUUCUGACCCCCACCCCCAUGUCCACCCCUCACCCCACCCCCCACACACAAACAGAGACCUCACAUUAUAUCUUUUUCUAUACGUUCAGGUGAACUCAGCCUAAUGGAUGCCAUGCAUCUUCAUGUAUUACUGUGUAAGAGUAAGAUAUAUUUAUUACAGAUAAAUUAUUUAUUUAUUAUGGCUUCAUAUGAGAGCUGUUUUAUAUGGACUCUAUAAUGUAGAUACAAAUAUAUCUAUUUAUUGCCAAGAUUCACAUUUCACCCUCGCAGCUGCUUUUUGUUGACUCCGUCUCAGUGAUUCAGUUCCACAUUUUUCCAAACGUAGGAACACAAACCAGACAGUUACCGUAACUAUAGUUACUGUCUCUCUCACACAGUUUAACCCCAACCGGCAGAACGUAAAUUCUCCUCCAUACUGUCGUAAUGAUCCUGAUUUAUUUUGUUUUUACCUCAAUGUCGCCUCUCAGUCUAACAUGUAGGCAUGGGCCAGUAGAAAACUCUCAUAACAUGAAGUGACAGCAGCACAGCUCCACUGUAUUAACACAAACUUUUAACAUGACAUGAUCUGUUCACCUUUAUCAGAAGAGCUACAAUUAUUUCUGUGGCUGCUAAAAUGACAACCUCCUAAUUGUUUGUGCCAAAUAUAUAUUAUUGUUAAAAAUCCAGAAUGAACAACUGGCUAUGUUAGUGCCAGAAUAUUGGACAUUUUUCUGGUCUCCUCCUUACAGAGUAAAGCACAUUCAAGAAGCUGAUUGUAGUUGGUUAGUUAGCCAGGCUUCCUGCAGGUGGAGUCCUGUUUAACACGCAUGCCACUUGUAGCUUGUCAGCCGUACUUUAAAACAGCAUUACUUUGAAAGGAGUGCUGGGUAGUUCUUCUUCUAGUUUCUACACCAUGACUGCAUCUGGGUUUGUCUUUUGUCUGAGCCAGGAAGCUUUGUGAGUGUAGAAGCCUUCUUUCAGCCAGCUGACCAGCAGUCACUGCUGGAUCUGGAAAGCCCUGGGGCCCUGGGCGAAAGCCAGGUUGCGUGCAAAACCCCGUGUUUCUUUUAUUCAUGCAAAUUACCGUAGAUGGAUAGUGCGGUAAGCACUAAUUUAUUAUUGUUGGGUGUUGUCAUCAUUUUCGUUUUCUAAAACAAACUUAGUAUUUGUUUGUUUUCACAAAUCCGGGCUUGUUGCAGCGAAGAGGUGUGGGUAUGAUUUGAUCACAUCCUUCAAACUGUUGAGUUCACUUUUUUUUUUCACUUCUACACAUAGACGCCCUGACAAAUGAAAACACCUCACAGUGAUAGGAGCUCAAACAUUUCUGGAUGGGAUGUCAUUUGACAUCUA